AUGAAAUCGUACGGUUCUAAACAAGCGCUCUUGGUCGUUGUGCUCUGCAGUCUAAUAUCGCAGCUGCUCGCGGCUGAUGACAAAACCGCACGCGAAACAUGUAUCCAGCAGUCGAAGUUGAGUGCCGAUGACGCGAAUCGUGUGAGAAGCGCUACUUCUAUAAGUAAACUUCUACAAAAUAACUCCGCCACAUUGGAAUGUUUCCAAUUGUGCUACUAUCAACAAGUCGGUCUCAUAGACACUAGUGGCAAAAUUACAUUGACUAAAGUGUUGGCUUACCUCGUGCAAGUCACUGGUAUAUCGGAUGCAACGAAAUUAACUGCUGCACUGCGCGCAUGCGAGUCGGUGCAGGCUACCAAUCAGUGCGAUAAGGUAUAUCAAUUUGAGAAGUGCACUUUCAACAAAUUGGGUAUUUGA